UGGGAGUAUGACGUCACCGCGGAUAUUGAGCGUGCCAGUGCGCAUGCGCCAGUGAAACCAGGAAGCGCGAUGCCGCAGACACGUCUAGGAAGAGAGCGGAAUAAUACGUCGACCCCGCGUCGCAUCCGGCCGUAGCCAUGGUGACCUGCCGCUGGUGCCCCGGGCUGCGCUCGCGCUCCUCGGCCUACACGCUGGCCCUCGGCCUGGGCUUCGUGACUCUGGGGACCAGUCGAAUCCUGCUGCUCAAGUUCUCUGCCAAUGCCGAGAACAGGUAUGACUUCCUCCCAGCGUCCGUCAAUCUCCUCGCUGAGUUACUCAAGCUGCUCUUCUGUCUGGCCAUGUCGGUCAGGGUCAUAGUCAAAGAGGGACGAUCGUGCAAAGAGCUCGGCUUCUCCUCCAGCGCCUCCUUCCUCAACUCCCUGAAGUGGGCCGUCCCGGCUUUCCUCUACUUCCUCGACAACCUCAUCAUCUUCUAUGUGAUGACUUACCUGCAGCCCGCCAUGGCAGUGUUGUUCUCCAACUUUGUCAUCCUGACCACAGCAGUGCUCUUCAGAGUUGUUUUGAAGAGGCGCCUGGCCUGGGUCCAGUGGGCGGCGUUAUUCAUCCUCUUCCUGUCCAUCGUUUCCUUGACGACGGGAUCGGGGGUCAGCCAAAACUCCAUACCCCUGCCAGGCCUCCACUCGAACCCCCUCUCCACCCCCUCCAACUCCUGCCUCCUCUACACGCAGCUGCUGGAGCAGAUGAGGAACAGCAGUGCCAGCGAGUCGUGGGUGUCCUCGCUGCCCGGGCAGGCCUGGAGGGACAGCGUGGUGGAGAAGCUGCGCUCUCUGGGCGUGGGUCACAUCCUGCUCCUCCUGCAGUGCUUCACCUCCGCCAUGGCCAACAUCUACAACGAGAAGAUCCUCAAAGAAGGAGACCAGCUCACGGAGAGCAUCUUCAUCCAGAACAGCAAACUGUACGUCUUCGGCGCGGUGUUCAAUGGUCUGACCCUCGUGCUCGGCGCCGAGGCGCGGGGCCUCGCCGCGCACUGCGGCCUCCUCCACGGACACAACGUCUACUCUCUUUGUCUGGUGCUGGUCACCGCUGCCCUUGGUUUAUCUGUGGCCUUCAUCCUGAAAUUCCGAGACAACAUGUUCCACGUGCUGACGGGCCAGAUCACCACCGUUCUGGUCACCGCCCUCUCCCUCUUCCUCUUCGACUUCCGCCCCUCGCUGGACUUCCUUCUGCAGGCCCCUACGGUGCUGCUGGCCAUCUUCAUCUACAGCGCCAGCCGCCCCAGGGACCCGGAGUACACCCUGCAGCAGGAGAAACUGCGCGUGGCCAACGGGGAGGUGUUCGAGAGGUCCAGAGGGGACGGCGAGGAGCUGGAGCUGCUGACGAAGGGCGACACAGACAGCGAAUCCGAGGAAGAGUCUUUGUAGCGGCAGGAAAGACUCCCGAGUGUUUGUCAGCUGAUAAACGUGAUCAACGGAUCAUGCGAUGAACUCAUUGAGACUGAUGUGUGUGUUUUUAAAUGGGUGUCAUUGGCCUGGUGCAAGUAAGGCACCAAUACGUAACCCUCUCUGCAUCAUCAAGGCCUUCUAUUGGAUGGUUUAUUUCCUCUAAUGAUUGAUUGUGUGUGUGUGUGCAGUUGAUUUGGUGAUCGACGGCAGGCGUACUUUUUAUGUCGGUGUGACGCUUCCUACGUGUUCUAGAUUGUAGUUCGCAUCGAUGGCACUUUGUGGACAAUAGGAAAAACCCAAACUACAACUUCAGAAAUGGGCCCCGUGUUUCCACUGCAGGGCCUUCAACACAAACCAGAGCUAUGAGCAGUUACACAAAGCGUUGUGAAAGCACAACAAAGUGCCUCUUGGUUCUCUUGAAUACAACUUUUUUUUGUUGUCGUAAUUACAUAUAUUGACGUAAUUCAACUGUGAAGUACAAUAAAAUAUAUUUCUUUUAGUU